AUGCGAACUCGAUCGAGUCGAACAACUGAAGACUUGGUCGAGCUAGACUUUACACGGGUAGAAAGAAAGUCAGAGAACUCAGAGGGUACAAGAGAACCUGAGGUGCUUGUUACUGAUACCAUGGAUGUACCAGAGGGGAAUGGAAACCCUUUGGGUAAUGGACUCGGUCGAGCUAGGCAAACUCGACCGAUUGGUCUAAGGAGAUGCUCCAAACCGCCAUCAACAGAGACAAGGGAUUGUUCCACCACCAAUGCCAUCAAGCUGAGACUCUUUCCUAUGUCUCUUGCUGACAAAGCUCACCAAUGGGAGAAGAGCUUGCCCCAUGGCACAAUCACCACUUGGGAUGAAUGCAAGAAGGCCUUUCUUGCUAAGUUUUUCUCCACCGGUCGCACAGCCAAGCUAAGGAGUGAGAUAUCAAGCUUCAUAGAGGAACAAUGA